AAAGACACCAAUGUCAGUCUUAAGUUAACUUUUUUUAAUAAGUUGCAUCUUUUACAAUCUAUGCUAUAUAUAUACAGAAAUAAUAAAAGCAUGAGUCACAGAUUUAUUUUUAUAUUUCUUACAAUAUUGACAUUUAAAGCAAAUGCUCAGCACAUCUUAUACUUGAAUGGUUUAUACGAAAAUUCAAGUUGUGAAGUAGACACCGGCAUUUAUGGAAGAUGCCGCAAAAUGUCAGACUGUAUGACCGAAUUCGAAAGUUAUAAAAACAAUCAAACAGUUUUAAAAAUUUGUAGCUACGAAAAAAAUCCUUCAAAUACUUUGAUUUGCUGUCAUGAUGAUUUAGAACUUGAAAUUCCGGAAGAAAUUAAUAUUUUUGAAGAAUCCGACACGCAUGAUGAUCAAGAAUCAGUGACAAUGAAUCCAAAGAAGAGAUCAGAAAUUAUAGAUUUCUCAACUUGUCGACAAAGAUUUUUGAGAUUUCGAAAGCAAGCUAUUAAUAUUGCACAUUUCGAAGAUGCUUUUUGGACUGGAAAGAUUCCACAGACUGAAGAAAAUUGUAUACGAAUUAAUAAUCUCAACAGAAAGUUUAGCUCUAAGAACUUUUGGGAUGGAGCUUGGUAUGGCUGUGCUUACGAAAGCGACGAAUUCAAGAGAACCAAGACUGUUCCUCAUUUUUCAAAACCAAGUGUUAUUCAUAAAGCUUUUAGACCGAAUUUAGCAACAAUCGGUAUAAGACAGCCUAAUGGCAAUGUUAUGAGAACAUGUGAAGGCUCGAUCCUUAGUCCACGGUUUAUAGUGACAGCAGCACGUUGCGAGUAUCAUGCUGGCAAGAAAGUUGACUUUGUCAGAAUAGGAACUAAGCAUGCAGGACCUAAAAACAAUGUAAACUAUGAACAACAAACAAAAAUUCGAAAAUUCAUCGUACAUCCAGAUUAUAUACCUUCUGUGGCCUACAACGAUAUUGCAAUCAUUAAAACAGCUGAGAAAAUAAACUUUAAUAAGUUUGUUGUGCCUUCAUGUAUUGCAGACGUUGAUGCAGAAAGGAUUGGAAUUGAUAAUGAUUGGACAGUAGGAGGAUAUGGAAAUUCAGAAGACGGAUUAAAGGCUAAUGUCAAGCUAGAAUUGAAAGUAGACAUGAUAUCAAAUGAUGAAUGUAGUAAAAGCUAUUCUGGUUCAGAAGCCAUGCCUAAUGGAGUAAUUGGAAGUCUGUUGUGUGCUAUAAGUCCAAAAGAAAGCAACGAGGAACUUCUUAAGCAUCCAAAUGCAUGUUUUGGCGAUGUAGGAAGUCCCUUACAAUACAAUUCAGCAUACGAAGUGUUUCCCAAAAAUUACUCCAUCAAUUUUUUAUCAAAAUACUUUCUAACCUCAAAUAUUGUAGGAAUUGGUAAUGCAAGAAUCAAUUGUGGACUUGAAACACCUUUUGUAUUCACGAAAAUCGCCUCCUUUGUACCGUGGAUAAAAUCUGUUAUUGAGAGUCAUUAAGAGUGACUAGCGCCAUCUGAUGAAAAUAAAAUUCCUAUAAAGUUUUUUAAAUUUUAA